GCGAUGCCGUCGGGGAGUUCGAUUGGUCAUGUCUGGAUCUGGUCCGUCCACUAAUAUCUUCCCCCACCGGCGCAAAAGCGUGGAAUGUAAACGGAGGAAACUGGAACCAAAAUGUGCAGAUCUAAGCUACAAACACUCAUCAUAUGUGGACAGUAUGACUUUUGUUAAGUUGAGUUAAGUAGCGCCUGUUCAAAUGGGAACAGAGGAGGGCAGUAAAGCUGAUUUCCACCCGAGUCAUGAGGAAAUCGACAAGUGGAUGGACAGCGCCUUUGACAUGGCCAAAAAUGCUCUGGACAACGGAGAGGUGCCUGUUGGAUGUCUGAUGGUCUACAACGAUGAAGUCGUGGGCAAGGGACGGAAUGAAGUCAACGAGUCCAAAAACGCCACUCGCCAUGCUGAGAUGGUGGCCCUGGACCAGCUCCUGGACUGGUGUCGCUGCAGCAGCCUGGAUGUGAGCAGCGUCUGCGAGCGGACGGCCCUGUACGUCACUGUGGAGCCGUGCAUCAUGUGUGCAGCAGCCUUGCGCCUGCUCAACAUCCCUCUGGUCGUGUACGGCUGCAGGAACGAGCGAUUUGGAGGCUGCGGUUCAGUCCUGGACGUUUCCUCUGCAAACUUAUCUCAGACUGGGACUGCAUUCAAGUGUUGUUCAGGUCACAGAGCAGAAGAAGCUGUAGAGAUGCUGAAGACUUUCUACAAACAGGAGAAUCCAAACGCCCCAAAACCCAAAACAAGGAAGGACUGAGACUUGGACAAAGUGCUCAUACCGCUUGUUUUAACCUUUUUGUAAUGUAAUAAAUGACAUUAUAAUUAUC